AUGUAUCUGACCAUUGUACUGGGACUGCUCCUGAUACAUUGUCCAGUGGGUUCACUGUCAGUGUCAUUGCAACAAGUCGGAAGCCGAAGUGUAGGGGGCGGAGUCGGCAGGAUACCGAUCCAGUACCAGGAGUCACGUCCAAGGUUCCCCUCCAAGGAUGAACUGAAAGAAUAUAGUCUAGCAACUGCCGAUGUAUACUGGACAGGAGGCAUGACAAUCAAUUGUUCAUGCACUACAACAAAUGCUUCAUCUUAUGCAUGUAGCCAAGAUGAUAAUGGCAACCCAAAGGGAAAUUGGAAUGAUGGUCUGCAGGUGUUUGAAGAUCCAAUGCCAUCGAAUGCCGCGCUAAAGGCCAUCGGCUUUGAGCUGUGGGGCACGUUCAACUGUGACGUCGACUCACACAGUAAGACACAGCUGCUGAUAUUGGUCGAGGGCGAAGAAGUGGGCAACCAGACGACGGUCGACUAUGAGAACAUAUGCGAGUGUCCGUUGUGUGUGUCCAGCUUUACGAUCCCGGCAGCCGAGUGGAAGCACGACAUCUACAACUAUACAGGCGCCAACUCGGUGUCGAUCAAUGUGUUUAGGAAUCCAAUAUCCACUACAGCGACUACUACAGCAACGACGACUGUGACCACGUCGGCGACAACAGAGACGACUACACCCGCGACCACGGCUACAACAGCCGCGACCACAGCUACUGGCGCCACCACUGAUGGACCCAAGCCCGAACCCCAAGGUCUUUCGACCAAAGACUGGAUCAUCAUCUCGUCUUCGAUAACAGGUGGAGCACUAGUCUUUAUCAUAGUCUUUGUCUAUGUUCGCAACAAGUUUGCCAGGCAAGGAUACAUAGAGUUAAAAGAGGGUAAAGAGAUUGAUAUUACAGAGAUCAAACUUGGAGAGAGGAUUGGAAAGGGUAACUUUGGCGAGGUGUUCAAGGGACAAUGGAGAGGUGCAGUUGUGGCCAUCAAGAAGUUGCCAGCUCACAACAUCACUGAGAGUGUGAUGAGGGAGUUCCACAGGGAGAUUGACCUGAUGAAGAACUUGAGACAUCCAAAUGUGAUCCAGUUCUUGGGAUCAUGCACGAUACCUCCAAACAUCUGUAUUUGUACAGAGUAUAUGCAGAGGGGAUCGUUGUACACGAUAUUGCACGAUCCAACAAUGGUGUUGCCAUGGAGUUUGAUCAAGAAGAUAUGUCUGGACGCGAUCAAGGGCAUCAUAUAUCUGCACAGCUCAAUCCCGGUGAUCCUGCACAGAGAUCUCAAGUCACACAACCUCCUGGUGGACGACAACUGGAAGGUCAAGGUGGCCGACUUUGGUCUGAGUACCAUCGAACAGACGGCCACAAUGACUGCGUGUGGCACACCAUGCUGGACGGCACCGGAGGUGCUGCGCAACCAACGCUACACCGAGAAGGCAGACGUAUACUCAUUUGCCAUUGUGAUGUGGGAGUGUGCCACUCGCAUGGACCCCUACGCCGGCAUGCCACCCUUCCAGGUGAUCUUUGCCGUGGGUCGCGAGGGUCUGCGUCCGCCCGUGCCUCGCAGCUGUCCGCCUGAGUUUGUGACGCUGAUGACCGACUGCUGGGCUGAGAACGCCGACAAUCGUCCGUCAAUGGAGGUGGCACUAAUGCGAAUGGAGGCAGUUGAUGUCACUGGCUGGCCAGAUGUCAUAAUCAAACCGAAUCAAUGA